AUGCAGAUAACCUUUCGUCUCGCAUCAAAUCCCUCUUUUCUCUUCACCCCUAAUGGAGGUAGCUGUAUCCCUUCACUUCGCACCGUUUAUUUCGCUCCCGUACCUCGCCGGAAUUCUCACCGGAAAUCAAUUCUCUGCGCCGCUAACAGGAGGAAGCGAUUUGGGAUAGGAAAAUCCGAAAAAUUGGUGCUCGAAUCAGCUUGCGUCAUCGCAUCGAAGCUAGGGUUUUUACCCGAGCCGUUAGGGUUGUUGCUGAGGCAAUGCGUCGGUGGCGGCGGCAAUGAUGGAGGUGGGAAUGGGUUCUGGAACGGGUUCGGGCGGGGCUGGUCCGAUGGGUGGAGAAGGAGGAGAAAGGGGAAAUUGGGGAUGGUGGGCAUUUUGGUAAUUUGUGGGUUGGUGGGCGCGUGGUUUGUUCUGGGUAAGGAGUUAGUGUUAGACGUUGAUGCUGUCAUUGGGGGUUUGGGUUUGAUCCUGUUUGCGUUUUCGGCCGGAGCGUGGAGGACAGGGGGUAAUAAAGAUUGGAUUUUGGGUUUCUGUUGCUGUGCUUUUUUGGUGGGUUUGGUUUCGAGGAAGGACAAUUUUCGGACUCGGGUGGUUAGGUAUAUUGGAACCGCGAAGAAGAACUUAAGGAGAAAAAGGAGAGUAUUCUGA